CCCAAACAGAGAAGCUCGAACGAAACAAAAAUGGCUUGCAAAACGAUUCUGCGCUCCGUCUUCCUAUCGGAAUCACGUCGGACCUCCGCCGCGAGCAGAAGCUUCUUCCUCCCUCCGUCUCCGACGUCUAUUCCGGUUCACGGUUUGUUCCCGGCGCCGAAGAGAAUAAGUUUCAGUGGUUUCGCCUCUGUUCCCGAACGCCUCCCUCGUCUCAAUUGCACAAACAACGAUCAAUCGGAGCAAGGUCCGCCUCAAGAGGCCGUCCUCAAGGCGAUUUCAGAAGUGUCAAAGACUGAUGGGAGAGUUGGGAAGACUACUAAUGUGAUAAUUGGAGGCACUGUUGCUGAUGAUUCUGCUAAAGAGUGGCUUGAACUUGACCAGAAGGUGAAUACAUACCCAACGGAGAGAGGGUUUACUGCAAUAGGGACUGGAGGAGAUGACUUUGUGCAUGCUAUGGUCGUUGCUGUUGAGUCUGUUAUUGAACGUCAGAUCCCAGAGGAUUGUGUAAAGCAGACAUUAUCAAGCAAAGGCAAAUACAUAUCGGUGAAUAUUGGCCCUAUCCGAGUUGUCUCUAGCGAACAGGUACAAGCAGUGUAUAAUGCAAUGAGGAGAGACGAAAGAAUGAAAUACUUCUUAUAGGCUUAAGGUGUGAUGGUAGAAUCACGAGUCUUCCCUCUCCCCUCUUUUCUAUUGCGACUAUGUAAAUUAAGCGGGUGUAAGGCCAUCAUUUAUUCGUUUCGUGCUUAUUUACACCAACUAAGCCUUCCUUCUUCAGUUAUUAUAUUAAAGAUGGCUUAUGGCUUUAUAUGCAAAUGAAUAGUUGGAGAAAGUUAAUAGCUACUCUACC